AUGGAGAAUCUUCCUCAGGAGAUUAUAUCAGAGAUACUUUCACGGUUACCAAUUGAAACCAUAUUACAGUGCAAGCAUGUAUGCAAAACAUGGGAAAAGCUCCUUGAUCAUGUUAAGGUUGGUACCAUCUACGCGAGAGGGUCUGAAGAUCACAAAAAGUGCAGCAGAGUCAGAUUUUUCUACACGGAGAAAGCAUAUGAUGAAAUUGAUUUAGAUGGUGAGGUUGAUGUCAAUAAGCAUUACCCUUGGUAUGUGGUUUCUAAAUACAACCGAUUUUGUCUUACUUUAACAAGCUUGUUCAUCAAUGAUAUCUUAAUUGGUUCAUGUAAUGGUUUGAUUUGUUUGGCUACAGUAUUGCUCUUCAUGCAUGAACCUAUCUUCAUCUUUAAUCCUUUUAUUCCAAAUGAAUUAAUCGUUCUUCCACCGAUAAGAAUAUCAGAUCUAGACUUUGAUCCACUAGUUGUUAGUGGGUUUGGUUACGCUCGUUCAACAGAUGAGUAUAAGGUCAUUAGAAUCUAUUAUCCUAAUUAUUUUUGGCAAUCACCCUGCGUUGGACGAGUGGAGGUAUACACUAUUGGUAGUGGUUAUGGAUGGCGAAAUAAAGGAGAAACUAGUUACUGCUUUUGCAAUUCACCUGGUGUUCUUGUCGAUGGAAAUCUGCAUUGGUUGGAUUAUAAGCAGUGGAAGGUUGUUGCCUUCGAUCUAGUAACCGAGGAGUUUCGGGUUCUUCCAUCGCCACCUUGUUUCUUCUGGCUUACAGUUGUUACCAAGGUUAUCAAUCUCAUUCAUUCGCCUAAUCCAUUUAGGUUUUUGGAAGACAAUUUUCAACUACACGUACUGGGCGGUUUUCUUUGUGUUAUUUAUAAUAACAAUGGCGACCGUUUAGACAUAUGGGUAUUAAAGACGGAUGAAAAGGAACACAAAUUUGAGUGGGUUUGGAAGAAGGAAUUCAGUGUGGAAUGCCUAGAAAAAGAUCACACUUAUGAGCCAUUUUCUAUUACAAGGAACAACAAGCUCCUACUGUGGUACGAUAAGUACAUUCUUUUGUGCUAUCAUCCAAAGAUUGCAGCAUUUAGUAAGCUUAGUGAUUAUGAGCAUGUUAACGAAGAUGUCAAAUAUUAUCAAGCAAUUCCUCAUAUGAAAACUUCUGUUUCCGUGCUAGCUCUCGAAGGUAAAGUUCAAGAGAUUAGUGCAUCCCAAUCGGAAAAAGAGAGGAAUAAUUUAUUCGCAGAGGAUGUGGAUUAUACUGAACUAGGAAGGAUUACUUGGUUAGAGCCGGAGGACAAAUCUUUCCUGUACAAUUUUGUAUAG